AGGGAAGCCUGAAAGGACGGUGAAGGGUAAAAUUAAAAUAAAAAUUCAUCAGAUUGGUAAGUAGGCAACUCACCAUUUUUAAGGUUAGUUCCUAAAGACACCAAAUAAUUUGUUGCAGCACAGCUAUUUAUGGAAAAUCCCUCUUAAAACAGAUACUUUUCUUAUAAAACUGCAUUUAGAUUAAUGUUUUUUAGAGCAAUUUUACUAUUUUCUUACGCAAAAACGUAAAUUCAUCGUGUUACGAGAUUUUAUCCAAACUGCCAGGAAGAUUGUCAAUUGUCAAAAAUUAUUAUCCAAAAGCCGCAAAAACACGUGAACACGCGUGGUACAUUUUGUAAACAAACCGAGUUUUUCGUGGAAAUCUAAUUUGUAAAUUGUGUAUAAUGUCGCAAAUUGAUGAAAAUAUGGAUGUACAGUGUAAUAGUGAUCCUAUUGAUGGUAAUUGUUCAGAAAAUGAUGAAGAAUUAUCGGAUGAAUGGGAAGAAAUGGAGGAAGGUGAUGAGUCUGCAAAGUGUUUAUUUUGCGAAAAAUCAUUUAAAAUCUUUGAGGAAGCAUUUGAUCAUCUAAAAAUUGGUCACAAAUUGAGUGUUGUUGAUCUCCAGGAGAAAUAUUCAAUGGAUCAAUAUUUAUAUAUCAAGAUGAUUAAUUUCAUCUUGGGAGAAAAGCCUUGUCCUGAAGAUAUUGUCUCUUCGGACAAAUGUUUGUGGUCAGACGAUAGAUUUUUACGUCCAGUGGAGGACGAGAGGCAGAAUUGGCUGACUUUCGACUUUGAGGAUUACAUCGAGGAAAUUGGCAGGAAAAAGUUGAAAGAAUCCUCUGCCCUGGACGACGAAAUCGUCUCAUUACCGCUCCAUGAAUUUCGAGGCUUACAAAAUGCUUUGAAAAUGUCUCUAAAACGCAAUCAGGAACUUGAAGAUGCCAACAAACAACUCCAGGAAAUUGUCGAAAAUCUCCGGAAAAGUGCCAUCGAAACCCUCGUGGAAGACGAUCAAGAGCCUAAAACUAAACCUGUUAGGGAUGAUGAGUCAUAUUUCACAUCAUACUCUCACUAUGGCAUCCACCAGGAGAUGCUCUGCGAUGAAGUCCGGACAUUGGGAUAUAGGGAUGCAAUUGAGAAGAAUAGGCCUUCAAUUGAGGGCAAAAUCGUGAUGGAUUUAGGUUGUGGCACAGGAAUCCUAUCCAUGUUUUCAGCCAAAGCUGGAGCUAAAAGUGUAGUAUCUGUGGAUCAAUCAGAUAUUCUCUAUCAGGCAAUGGAUAUUGCCAGGAGAAAUGGUUUUGAGAAUAUCAAAUUCCUCAAAGGACGAAUUGAGGAAGUGACUCUGCCGCAUGAAAAAGUGGAUGUAAUUGUGUCUGAAUGGAUGGGAUAUUUGCUUCUGUUUGAGGGAAUGCUGGACAGUGUUAUAUAUGCAAGGGAUCGAUACCUCAAUCCCAAUGGAAUUCUCCUGCCCAAUCGCUGCACCAUCAGCCUCGUGGGAUCCGGCGAUGUUGAACGCUACCGGGAAAGAAUAGGCUUUUGGGAGAAUGUCUAUGGCUUUGAUAUGUCCUCCAUGAAGGAUGAUGUCCUCAGGGAAGCUAGCGUUGAAGUCUGCCAGCAGGAUAUGAUCAUCACCGAGUCCAAUACAAUCAUAGACCUCAAUCUCAUGACCGUAGACACCUCAUGCUACUCCUUUUCCUACAAUUUCAACCUCAGAGUUCUCCGAACCGGUUCCCUGACUUCCCUCGUUGGCUACUUCGACACCUAUUUCGAUUUACCCAAUGUUCCUGUGCACUUCUCCACAGGACCCCAUGUUGAGCCAACACACUGGAAACAGGUGGUAUUCUUCCUGCCCAAGCCACUGCCCGUUUCCCCAGGUGACACAAUCUCUGGCACAUUCGAUUGCCAAAAGAAUCCCCAAGAUACAAGAUCACUCCUCAUCACAAUCCAUCUUCAGGACGAAGUGCUCAAGUACAAUUUCAUGUGAGUCAUCGGUUUUCUUUUCUUUCUAAAAUAGAUUUGUGAUGCUCUUUUAUUUCAAUAUUAUACACAAUUUCUAUGAUACAUUCAA